AUGACUGUCGAUAUACCCUUGGUCAACGGUACAUCGCAGUGUACUGUUACCGCUUACUCUCGAAAAAGCUACGAAGCAUCCAUUGAAUUUUACAGUCAGUUCCUGCAGUUAGAGCCUGAGACCCAGAAUGCGCACUCUACAACAUUGCGCAACUCUAGUUUGACUCUAGAGAUCGAGCUUUGCGAGGACGCUGAAAAACAGGCGAAAUGUGACGCUAGAAUCAAGGAUUUGACCUGCGACCGCGACACCGCAGACUGGAGAUCGCUAGUAUCUGGAUCCCUGGUCUUCAAAUCUGCAGACGUGGCCAGCUGUAAGACCGCCCUGGACGACAAAUUUGCUAACGUUCAGGCAUACCCUACCGAUCUAUUUCCCAUGGAAGUUUACGCCGUCGACCCCGUGGGCAACGUCGUGGGUGUCACUAAAACCAAAAACGCCGUCAGCACAAUGCCCACCGCUCCUCCAGCGUCCAAGGGCUCGUUCACCUCCACUGUGCCCUCAUCUGCUCAGUCUACAAUCGAUAUCGACUUGACCGACAAAAAGUCGAUCUCUUCCUCCGCCAACGCAACCGUCAGCACUUCAGACCCUACCCUAAACCAAAAGGCUAUUGCUGUCAUGACCUCUGGUGGUGAUGCUCCAGGUAUGAACGCUAACGUACGUGCUAUUGUCCGUACCGCCAUUGCUAAGGGAUGCCGCGCUUACGUUGUCAUGGAAGGCUACGAGGGUUUGGUGCGUGGUGGCCCUGAGUACAUCAAACAGUUCUCCUGGGAAGAUGUCCGUGGCUGGUCUAGUGAAGGUGGUACCAACAUCGGUACUGCUCGUUGCAUGGAGUUCAGAGAACGUGCCGGCAGAUUGUUGGGUGCCCUGCAUUUGAUUGAAGCUGGUGUGGACGCCCUUAUCGUUUGCGGUGGUGACGGUUCUUUGACCGGUGCCGAUUUGUUCAGAUCAGAAUGGCCAUCGCUAUUGCAAGAAUUGAAAGACACUGGCAAAAUUACUCAAGAAUUGUACACAAGAUACAAGCAUUUGAACAUUUGUGGUACUGUUGGCUCUAUCGACAAUGACAUGUCUACCACCGACGCCACCAUUGGUGCCUACUCUUCCUUGGACAGAAUUUGCAGAGCCAUUGACUACAUUGAGGCCACUGCUAACUCGCACUCGAGAGCUUUCGUCGUUGAAGUUAUGGGUAGAAACUGUGGUUGGCUAGCCUUGAUGGCUGGUAUCGCCACCACAGCCGAUUACAUUUUAAUUCCAGAAAAGCCUGCCUCAUCCCGCGAAUGGCAAGACCAGAUGUGUGACAUAGUCACCAAGCACAGAUCCAGAGGCAAGAGAACCACUAUUGUUAUUGUCGCCGAGGGUGCUAUUGCCAACGAUUUAACACCGAUUUCUCCAAACGAUGUGCACAAGGUUUUGAGCGAAAGAUUGAAGCUCGACACCAGAGUCACCACUCUAGGUCACGUUCAAAGAGGUGGUACCGCCGUUGCUUUCGACCGUAUUUUGGCUACUCUACAAGGUGUCGAAGCUGUUAACGCCGUUUUGGAGUCUGACCCAGACACUCCAUCUCCCUUGAUUGCCAUCAACGAAAACAAAAUCACUCGUAAAUCACUCGUUGACUCGGUCAGACUGACCAAGUCCGUGGCCGAUGCUAUCCAAGCCAAGGAUUUCAAGAAGGCAAUGGGCUUGAGAGACACAGAAUUCGUGGAGCAUUUGAAUAAUUUCAUGGCCAUCAACUCCGCUGAUCACAACCCACCUAAGCUUCCACAAGACAAGAGACUAAAGAUCGCUAUUGUGAACGUCGGUGCCCCAGCUGGUGGUACCAACUCGGCUGUUUACUCUAUGGCUACUUACUGCAUGUCCCAAGGACACAGACCAUAUGCGAUUUACAAUGGUUGGUCCGGAUUGGCUAGACACGAAAGUGUUCGCUCGUUAGACUGGAAAGCUAUGCUCGGCUGGCAAAGCCGCGGUGGGUCCGAAAUCGGUACCAACAGAUGUACUCCCGAGGAAGCCGACAUCGGUAUGGUUGCAUACUACUUCCAAAAGUACAAGUUUGACGGUUUGAUCAUUGUCGGUGGUUUCGAAGCCUUCGUCUCUUUACACCAGCUUGAAAGAGCCAGAGACAACUACCCUGCUUUCAGAAUACCAAUGGUGCUAAUCCCAUCCACGCUUUCGAACAAUGUUCCAGGUACCGAGUACUCCUUGGGUACCGACACUGCUUUGAACGCUUUGAUGGACUACUGUGACGUCAUCAAACAAUCCGCCGCCUCUACCAGAGGUAGAGCCUUCGUUGUUGACGUUCAAGGUGGUAACUCUGGGUUCCUCGCUACCAACGCGUCUUUGGCAGUGGGCGCCCAAGUGUCUUACGUUCCAGAAGAAGGUAUUUCUUUGGAGCAGUUGUCGCAGGAUAUCGAGACUCUUGCCGAGUCAUUUGAAACUGCUCAAGGUAGAGGCAGAUUCGGUAAGUUGAUUUUGAAAUCCAAGAACGCAUCCAAGGUUUUCACACCCGAAGUAUUGGCAGAAGUGAUCACUGCAGAAGCCAAGGGUGCUUUCAACGCCAAGUCUGCUGAACCAGGUCACGUUCAGCAGGGUGGCUUGCCUUCCCCAAUCGACAGAACCAGAGGUACUAGACUGGCUAUCAAGGCUGUCGGCUUCAUUGAAGAUCAUCAAGACGAUAUUUGCAGUGCUCGUGCCGACGACGACGAGUUUGACCCAGAUAACAAAGCAGUUUCUGCGACCGCAACUGUGCUUGGUAUCAAGGGCUCCGAUGUUGUAUUCUCCUCUAUCAGACAGCUUUACGACUUCGAAACCGAGAUUGUUAAGCGUAUGCCAAAGGUUAUUCACUGGGAGAGUACCAGAGCCAUUGCUGACAGCUUGGUGGGUCGCAAGAAGGUCGAGGUCAGGAACUAA